UUGCCUCAUUGUUUUUAAUGAAUGUAUAGAAUUGCAUUGUAAAGAUGUAUUUAACAACUUCAGGAUUGGUAGUCAUUAUUGAUACAUUUAAUCCCUUGCUAGACCAAAUAACAUUGUAAGGAAGUUCUUUGUAUAUCUACCUCUGAGUAUUGUGUAAGAAUCUAUGGAGCCAGAACUGCUGUGCCAAUAGAUAUGUUCAUUCUUACGUAUGAUAUACAAUUAUAAAUUACUUUACAAUAAGGCUAAAUCAAAGGGGAUUUCCAGCAUGAUAUAAAAUGAAAUAUUUUUCCCUUUGCUAGUUUGAUAAGUGUGACCCCUAAAUGGUCACAAUACCUGCCAAAGACAGGAUCCUGGAACUCUACCUGGGUCUCCUAUGUGGGUGGCAGAGGCUCAAGCACUCUAUCCAUCCUCUGCUGCCUUCCCAGGUGAACCAAUAGGAAACAGGAUAAGCAGGGAAGCAGCUGGGACUUGAACUCACACUCACAUGGGAUGCUAGCAUUGUAAUUGGGAGCUUAACUUGCUGUGUCACAAUGCCCACCCUUUGUUAGAAAUUUUUCUUGAUUUCUCUGAGCUUCUCUCACUUUUUAGUCUCUCUGGUUCUUUUCUCCUGGACAUGUUGGCGACAGUAGUUGCUAAUUAUGCUGACUCUCAGAGAUUUAAACAGAAGAAUGAGACUAUGAUGGUAAUGGCAUGAAAACUCAUGGGAAAGUUCCCUGUGGAUCUAUAGACUGUAUGAAUGACCAUAAAUAGGAGUUGGUUGUUUAAAAAUGACCCUGCAGUAGAUCAGAGUGCUUGAUACUACAGAAGACUGAGAAGAUACUUAAACAGCAAGCCUAUCUGAGUAUAAUGUUUGAGCUCCUCAUCUCUGUGUCACAUACUUGGCAAGCUGAUGAACUGCAACCCAGUACCAGUAGAAUGAGCAUUAAAAUUUGGAAAGAGUAAAAAGAACCCUGAUGCUCCAUCCUCUCGACGUGCAGAUGUAGAUAUGUGCUCCAGUUCCUGUGGUGUUUCUUCUCAGGAUCAAUGUGAAGACGAUGUGCACACAAGAUGCCUUGGCUCUGUCUCGGCUUCAGAUCCAUCUGCUUUCCUCCUGCCAUCCUUUGUUUGACCGGGUUUGGAAAACUCUACCUUUUCCCAGUCAGUUUUCAUCUUUACUCUGUUGUCACUUCUAAAUAUCCAUGAUGUAUAUAGUUGGCAGUAUUGAUAUUAAAUCUUUUUAAAAGAGAAGAUACUAAAUUCCAGAGGGAGUGAAUAACACACUUGAGAGUCCACUAAAUGAGAAAUUUUUCACAGCUACCAUACUGGCACCUUUUAGACUCUUUUCUCAGUAAUCUUUCAAUAUUAUGUUGAUGGUGUUGACCUAACAUUUGACCAUAAUCAGGAUAUAGAGGCAAACGGUCUAAUUUUGCUGUCAUCAGGAUGUAGAUGCAGAUAGAGCAAAAAUGAGAAUUGGAUAGCAACAUCUCUGGCCUCUAAUUCUCAGGGUCUACUUCUUACCCUUGAUAACCAUCUCUACCAGUGGACAUUCAGAGGUCCUUGCUGGAAUUUCACCUGUAAGUGCCAAUAUGGUGAACAGCAACCAGAGCUCACUAGAUGAUUUUAUCUUACUGGGCUUUUCUGAUCGCCCCUGGCUAGAGACCCCACUCUUUGUGAUCUUUAUGGUGGCCUAUAUCUUUGCUCUAUUUGGAAAUAUCUCCAUUAUCCUAGUUUCCCGUCUGGAUCCUCAGCUUGACAGUCCCAUGUACUUUUUUGUCUCAAACCUGUCCCUUCUGGAUCUCUGCUAUACUACCAGCACCAUCCCACAGAUGCUAGUCAACCUUAGAGGACCCAAAAAGACAAUUAGCUAUGGAGGUUGUGUCGCUCAGCUCUAUAUUUUUUUAGCCUUGGGUUCCACGGAAUGUAUACUUCUGGCCAUCAUGGCCUUUGACCGUUACGCAGCCAUUUGCAAGCCUCUUCACUACCCAAUCAUCAUGAAUCAGAGACGCUGCAUCCACAUGGCUGCUGGAACCUGGAUUAGUGGUUUUGCUAACUCGCUUGUCCAGUCCACUCUCACAGUGGUGGCUCCAAGAUGUGGACACAGGGUGGUGGACCAUUUCUUCUGUGAAGUUCCUGCCCUUUUGAAACUAGCCUGUACUGAUACUCGUGUGAAUGAAGCUGAGCUCAACGUAUUAGGGGCUUUGCUUCUCUUGGUGCCACUCAGCCUCAUCAUGGGCACCUAUGUGUUCAUCGCUCAAGCAGUAAUGAAAAUCCGCUCUGCUGAAAGUCGCUGGAAAGCCUUUAACACCUGUGCUUCACAUUUGCUUGUGGUGGGCCUCUUCUACUUUACAGCCAUCAGUAUGUAUGUUCAGCCUCCCUCUAGCUAUUCUCGUGACAGGGGGAAGAUCAUGGCUCUCUUCUAUGGCAUUGUCACACCUACCCUCAACCCAUUUAUCUAUACAUUGAGGAACAAGGAUGUGAAAGCUGCCCUGAGAAGGACGCUGACUAAGGAGUUUUGGAUCAAGGCAAGAUGACCACUGAAAAUAAGACCUAAGCAGUUAUGAUGGAUGUGUUUUCCUUUUAAAGAUGUUGCACAUGUAUAUAAUAGUUGACCAAGGGGUAUAUCUAGUGGCCCAAAUGUUCAUAAGUGGAACAAUCAACACUCGGUGAAAUCCAUAUAGCACUUAUCACUUACGAAAAUACAAUAACACACCUAUAUCUGUAAAUGAUACAAACCAAGACAUUAGUGGAUGCCUGAAACUUUGAAUAACACCAAAUCCUAAAAUUUAAUGUCUUUUUUUCAAAUAUUAUUUAAGGUAAACAUAUUUUAUGUAUUUCAUUUAUACUGAUUUGGAAACAUAGUGACACUUCCCACUCUACCCUCCCUCACACACAUGCUCCCAUGCCUCCUCCAUCUUUCUCUCUUAUUUCUUCCCUCAAUUUUUACAAUGAUCUACCUUCAGUUUACUUUUCAUCUUAACUAAACUGUGGACAUAAGUUUUGUGUCGUGAAGUUAAACUGCAAACUAUCAUAAAUUUCCCUUCUUCACGAUUUCAGACAGAAGAUUAAUUCUUACCAUACAUCUUAGCAGCUUUAUCAUAUGAUUGUUUCCUUCCUGAUAAAACUGCAUAUUUUCAUCUUUUUGCUUAAAGCAAGCACUUUAUGUCUUCUCUUUGGAAUAUUCAAAAUGCCUGCAUCCUUACUCUAGCACUUUAGGGCUAUUAUUAGGCACACUAAGAGUUAUUUGGACAUAAGUACUGUGAUACCAUUACAGCUAAUCUGAUCACAAAGACAGCUACAAAGUGACUAACAGAAGGUUAUCCUAUA